GACCAGCCUGAACUACACAGCGAUUCCCUGUCUCAAAAAACCAAGCCGUAACAAAACAACAAACCUUAUAUGGAUGGAAAAUCUGCGAUAGAGGGGCUAUGUUUUUACAGGACAGGCGGUUCGUAAACAAGUGGUUAUUAGGUACAGAAGGUCCCCGGUGUCCCGCCCCUGUUCCCCCCACCCCCGCGUGUGUCCUGGGCGCGGGCACCGGCUCUGCCCGGCUCGGUCCGGCGCCCCGCGGGGCUCGGGAGAGGUCGGGAGAGGGCGGUGGCCUGGCUGAUGACGCAUCCCCGUCCGCCCCGCCGCGUUACAAUGGAGAUGCGUUUCUGACCUCACCCUGGGUUAAGCCUGGGGGCGGCCGCCCGGGAGGUUCAGAGUCGGGGCAGGGCGGGAGGGGGGUGGGGGGCGCCGGCCCGCAGGCUUUGAGUGUUUGGGGGGUUCCCACGCCCAGGGGCUCCAUAUCUACGCGUUUCCAAACUGGAUCGAAGGCGGCGAGCAAAUAGGCCUUGGACAAACAUGGCUACUGCUAAGGGACUGGCGAUCGGCAUCGACCUGGGCACCACCUACUCGUGCGUGGGGGUGUUCCAGCACGGCAAGGUGGAGAUCAUCGCCAACGACCAGGGCAACCGCACCACGCCCAGCUACGUGGCGUUCACCGACACGGAGCGGCUGAUCGGGGACGCGGCGAAGAACCAGGUGGCCAUGAAUCCCCAGAACACCGUCUUUGAUGCCAAACGGCUGAUCGGCCGGAAGUUUAAUGAUCCUGUGGUGCAGUCAGAUAUGAAACUUUGGCCUUUUCAAGUGAUCAACGAAGGAGGCAAGCCCAAGGUGGUGGUGUCCUAUAAAGGGGAGAAUAAAGCUUUCUACCCGGAGGAGAUCUCGUCCAUGGUAUUGACUAAGAUGAAGGAGACUGCGGAGGCCUUUUUGGGCCACCCUAUCACCAAUGCCGUGAUCACCGUGCCAGCCUAUUUCAAUGACUCUCAGCGCCAGGCCACCAAGGACGCAGGUGUAAUCGCAGGACUCAACGUGCUCAGAAUCAUCAACGAGCCCACAGCUGCCGCCAUCGCCUACGGUUUGGAUAAAGCAGGUCAAGGGGAGAGACACGUCCUCAUCUUUGACCUGGGUGGAGGCACUUUUGACGUGUCCAUCUUGACCAUCGACGACGGGAUUUUUGAGGUGAAGGCCACAGCGGGCGACACGCACCUGGGCGGCGAGGACUUCGACAACCGGCUCGUCGGCCACUUCGUGGAGGAGUUCAAGAGGAAGCACAAGAAGGACAUCAGCCAGAACAAGCGCGCCGUGCGGCGGCUGCGCACGGCCUGCGAGCGUGCCAAGAGGACGCUGUCGUCCAGCACCCAAGCCAACCUGGAGAUCGACUCGCUUUAUGAAGGCAUUGACUUCUACACGUCCAUCACCAGAGCCCGGUUUGAGGAGCUGUGUGCAGAUCUGUUUAGGGGCACCCUGGAGCCCGUCGAGAAGGCUCUUCGGGACGCCAAGAUGGACAAGGCUAAGAUCCAUGACAUCGUUUUAGUAGGGGGCUCCACGCGCAUCCCUAAGGUACAGAAACUGCUUCAGGACUACUUCAAUGGCCGGGAGCUCAAUAAGAGCAUCAACCCCGAUGAGGCGGUAGCCUACGGGGCCGCAGUACAGGCAGCUAUUCUGAUGGGGGACAAGUCCGAAAAGGUACAGGAUCUGCUCUUGUUGGACGUGGCUCCCCUGUCCCUGGGAUUGGAGACAGCUGGAGGUGUGAUGACCGUCCUAAUCAAGCGCAACUCCACCAUCCCCACCAAGCAGACACAAAUCUUCACCACGUAUUCCGACAACCAGCCCGGGGUGCUGAUCCAGGUGUACGAGGGCGAGCGGGCCAUGACGAAGGACAACAACCUGCUGGGCCGUUUUGACCUGACCGGAAUCCCCCCUGCUCCCAGGGGUGUUCCCCAGAUCGAGGUGACCUUCGACAUCGACGCCAACGGCAUCCUCAACGUCACGGCCACCGACAAGAGCACGGGCAAGGCCAACAAGAUCACCAUCACCAACGACAAGGGCCGCCUGAGCAAGGAGGAGAUCGAGCGCAUGGUUCUGGAAGCUGAAAAAUACAAAGCUGAAGAUGAGGCCCAGAGGGAGAAAAUUGCUGCAAAAAAUGCCUUAGAAUCCUAUGCAUAUAACAUGAAGAGUGCUGUGAGUGAUGACGGUCUGAAAGGCAAGAUUAAUGAGCCUGAUAAAAACAAAAUACUAAGUGCGUGCAAUGAGGCCCUCUCCUGGCUGGAGGCCAAUCAGCUGGCCGAGAGAGACGAGUUUGAUCAUAAGAGGAAAGAACUGGAGCAGGUGUGUAAUCCAGUCAUCACAAAGCUCUACCAGGGAGCGUGUACUGGGCCUGCGUGUGGAGUGGGGUACACACCCGGGAGGCCUGCAGCGGGCCCUACCAUUGAAGAAGUAGAUUAAUGUUUCCCGGAACUAGAGGACUCUAGGGUGCUUCUAGGUGAAAUUUAUUCCUUUCCUCUUCUGAUUCUUGAACUGACUGGACCUGGACCAAAGUUACCAUCCCUCUGGGAUUCUGAUGGAGAAGUCUCAUAAAUCAUCCUUUCAUACACCAACAUCUUGUCUGCGGCUCUGAAACGGACUUUUUAAGGACAACAAGGCCCUUCUUUGAACAGCUGGUGAUUUUGAACGUCUCAUUUGUUUCCAGCCAUACCAACUUGCUCCUUCCUGCGUGCAUGGUUAUUUGUCACUCAGUAAAUUUGUUCCUAAAGGCAA